GUCUCCCUUUAGGUGACAUAGUCACCUGUGUGUUUGGUCCCUGCUGCCGGAGCGAGGCUGCUCUGCUGCAUUUGGGGGCACAUUCUUGGUUCAGGAGGCCCCCACAGCUUCCCAUGCCCACCUUUCCUUUGUGUCGGCUCAGCCCUCGUGCCAGCCCCGCUCCGGUUGCCAGUGGCAGAACUAGGCAGGACUGCUGGUGUGGCGUGGAUUGAGGGGGCUGACUGUGGCUGACAGCCCCUUCUGUGUAGGGUACUGGAGGGAGUGGCCUGCCCCAAGCUUCGGCCUGUGGCAAACCACACCCAGGCGGGACCAUAUUUACUUAUUUAAACUUACCCUCCCAGGAGGCCCUGAGCUCUAGGCUUGGUCACUGACCUUGGCGUGGUGCCCCCGGCUGUUCUGGGGCCUCUCCCCUAGCACUGGGCAGACAACAUGCCACAGGGAAGGCGUGUCCUGCCUGUCCCUAGCUCUCCCCUCCAGCAUCACCCAUUCACACCCAGUUUAACAGGGUGCAUGGUUCAGAGUCAAAAAUGAAGACUUUUGAGAUCCCCAGAACUGGUGUUGCCUGUGAAGAGUCCUAAGCUGGUCAGAAAUCUUGUCCGCAACCGGUCAUUGGUAUUGGGGCAACUGAAGGACUAAGGAUUUGUUCGGUGAAGCCCACUGUGAGGGUUCAGGACUCUUGUCUAAGAAGGCAUCUCUCUGCAGGAGGGAGGGUCCAGGCCGCUCUUGACCACGGUACCACCUUGAUGCAGCACUCAGAGGUCUCGGAGGGUUUGGUGGCAGUUUGGGGGUGUAUUGCUCUGACUCCGGAGACAGUAAUUCCUUCAGAUUUCCCCACCAAUGCAAGAAGCCCCAAAACAAGGACUAGAGCAGGAGCCAGCAGUACACAGAGACCCCUGGAACUCUGCUUGAAGGAGACAGGAAGGGACUGAAGGUAGCACAGGACUGGGCAGCCUGUCUUCCUCCCCUGGCCCUGCCUUUCCUAGAGGAAGAAGGUUCAAAGGCAGGUGUCACAGCUGCACCCUCCCUCAGGACCCUCAGCCAAGACCUGAGGUGUAGGGAUAAGGGCUUGAGAAGGCUUUGAAGACCAGACCCUGGGGUGGCGUGAGAAACGGGAUCUCCUUCCCAUGCCUUGCCAGGUGCCUCCCAGCCUCAAAACCUGACCAGCAGACGGCCUAGGUUCUUUGCUAGUCUUUGCUACUGAUGUCCUCCUCCCCGCAGGCUGGGUUUGAAGACUGGGAGAAUAAAGACUAAGACAUGAGGGUCCAUGGAGUGGAGGUGGGGCAGAUGGUAGGGGAAUAGGUCUCUUUUCUAGGUUCUUCCUUUUCCAUUAGAUGAAAUAUGAUGCAGGGGCUGGAGGCUGCUCUUGGGACUGGCUGCUCUCCUCUAGUGUGUACCAUGGUGAGGGUGGUUCUUCUUGCUCUAUCUCCCCUUGACAUCUGGACCCCUCUCUUUUUGCCCUCACACCUGCCUGCCUCUUGGCAGACUCCCCGUGUGGUCCCCAAGCAGGCCCUUGGCCAGGCAUAGAGUGGAAAACAGGUGUCCUGGCCCAGCUGUUUCUACUCUUCUCCUCCACCUGUCAGCCUGCAGUUGGGGGUGGGGAGCUGAGGAGACAGGAAGCCUUCACCUGUUCCCAGGGAUAGAUAGGCCUUGCUUGUAAAAGCCCCUGUGAGCUUCCCCCACAGAGGAAGGAACCCUCUGGGUCAUGCACAGACAGCAAUCAUUGCUGACAAAGAGGCCUCUGCCGCUUUCUGAUCAGUGAACCCUGUUUGAUGAAGGUGUGUUUUGAUGAGAGUAUAUGUUUGCCCAAGGGUGCUCAGGACCCACAGUCUAGGCACCCAUCCUCACCUAGCCUCUUUCCUUAAAACAGUAAAAUAAUCCCCCACAAGAGCCACCUGCUACCUUCUGUUUAGGGCUUAGAGACGCAGCCACUGCCCAAGGCUCCUUUAAAUCCUUGCUGCUCCUUGAGGUCACAAUACCAGGAGGAUUUGCCUUCCCUGAUUGGAUUGGCCUCUUUCUGGCCUGGCCUGUCUGAGUAUGCGUAGCCCCAGUCUGCAGUACCUCCCAUUACCCCUGUGCCAAAAGCCCAGCAAUUAGGGCUCCGCUCUUGGUCUGUUCCUGGAUGCUUGAACAAAAAAUGGUGCCCUAGGAGAAAGCUGCUCUGGCCCAGGGCAUGCUCAGAGCUCCCUACUGUUUCCAUUUCCCUGGAAGUCUCUCCACUCGGCUAGCUAUCAUCCACUUGUUGCAGUAGCGCAUCCCCCAAACCAGCAUGAGUGGCAGCAUGCUCAUCCAGUGCUUGUCAAGAUGAUCUGUCCUCAGGCCCAGCUGCGACUUUCACUUCUGUCUCCUGAGACCCCAGGGGGAAGUAGGGUAGGGAGGUGGAAGGUGACACACUCAACGGUCCCAACUGCCCCCACCUCUCCUCAACUAAGGCUUCUGAUGGCCAAGGUCACUAUUCUUGUCUAGAUGACAGCCAUAACAGGAUUGGCUGUGCGAGAAGGAUGGUCGUUAGAUACCAGAAAGGACUUCCCAGAGUAGGCAGACUCGGAGCUUCGGUUCAGAGGGUGUGACUAGUAUCCGGGCAGAUGACAGACUUCCACGUUCUCGAGGGGCUGGUGGUCUGCCCACAUCUGUGGUAGGAGCACGGCUCCUUCAUGAUCCUCAUACCUCCCCAGCUGCCUGUCUUGUUUAUUUAGCUUCUGACAAGUGAGCUUGAACCCUAGAGUCUGCUCUGAGUAGGACCCAGUCUUCAAAGUUCUCUCUGUAAUCUAACUCAUGCCCACUGUAUUGAACUCACUCUGCACAGUGGCGAGUGGACUCCGGAAACAGGGUAGGAGCACCCUGCUGCUGCCCUCCCACCUUGAGUCGUGUUCCAGAGGCUCCUAGCUGGGCUGUGCACUGCUGCCCCUCUGUCCUUUCCCAAGGAUGGGCGCAGCAUGCUGUCCUUGGGCUACUUGUGCACCGAAGAAGAUGGAGCCAGCUCUGAGGUCCUGAGUGCCACAGUGCUGGAUAGGAGCCUACACUGUGGAGUGGGAAAUUGAGUUUGAAGGAAUAAGGGUGGAGACACUAUGCAAAUCACCAUGCAAAUGAGCAGCAGUGAGUCAUGGUUACUUGGCCUGCUAGGCAGCGCCAAAGCAAAGCACAAGCUUGGGUUUCCAAAAUGGACCACUCCAGUGACAGUGACCUUGGGCCAGCCAAGACUAGGACCCUUGGAGGACCCAAAUUCUGAUCCUGAGAGCUGCAACUGUGACCAGGGUGUCCUGCGCUCUACCUGACGGAAGCAUCAACAGAGUGGCCCAGGGUGACGCUUCAGACAGCACAUCCCAGGAAGUGCCUGGGGCCUUGUUUGUUCCCCUCUGGCCUCAGGAGGGGUCCUCCUCACCAGCUGAAGAGGGCUAGACUGCACCCCUCUUUGGAACUACAUGGCUGACUUUCUUCCUGACGAGCAGAGUCACAGUGCCUGGGACCACCCCUCCCUGCUCUGCUUUCCUGGACUGCCCCCUAGCCCGCCCUCAGGUCCCCUGUUGGAGCCUGUUCACAGGUGUUCUGCAGACCAUGAAAUAGUCCCAGACAUUCAUGAGCACAGUGUGAGGCUCCUGACCACCACCCAGCAGCCCUUUCCUCUCUGGCACUAAGGACCCUCCAGAGAAGAUGGGGAGGAAAAAGAUUCAGAUCCAGCGAAUCACUGAUGAGCGGAACCGCCAGGUGACGUUCACCAAGCGCAAGUUUGGACUGAUGAAGAAGGCGUACGAGCUGAGUGUGCUGUGUGACUGCGAGAUUGCGCUCAUCAUCUUCAACCACUCCAACAAGCUGUUCCAGUACGCCAGCACCGACAUGGACAAGGUGCUGCUCAAGUACACGGAGUACAACGAGCCGCACGAGAGCCGCACCAACGCUGACAUCAUAGAGACCCUGAGGAAGAAGGGUUUCAACGGCUGUGACAGCCCAGAGCCGGAUGGGGAGGACUCACUGGAGCAGAGCCCCCUGCUGGAGGACAAGUACCGGCGGGCCAGUGAGGAACUGGAUGGGCUCUUCAGGCGCUAUGGGUCAUCUGUUCCGGCCCCCAACUUUGCCAUGCCUGUCACAGUGCCCGUGUCCAAUCAGAGCUCCAUGCAGUUCAGCAAUCCCAGCGGCUCUCUGGUCACUCCUUCCCUGGUGACGUCAUCCCUUACGGACCCACGGCUCCUGUCCCCCCAGCAGCCAGCACUACAGAGAAACAGUGUUUCUCCGGGCCUGCCCCAACGACCUGCUAGUGCAGGAGCCAUGCUGGGUGGAGACCUCAACAGUGCUAAUGGCGCCUGCCCCAGUCCCGUGGGGAACGGCUAUGUCAGCGCCCGAGCUUCCCCUGGCCUCCUCCCUGUGGCCAAUGGCAACAGCCUAAACAAAGUCAUCCCUGCCAAGUCUCCGCCCCCACCCACCCACAACACCCAGCUUGGAGCUCCCAGCCGCAAGCCUGAUCUGCGGGUCAUCACUUCCCAGGGAGGCAAAGGGUUAAUGCAUCAUUUGACUGAGGACCAUUUAGAUCUGAACAAUGCCCAGCGCCUUGGGGUCUCCCAGUCUACUCACUCGCUUACCACCCCAGUGGUUUCCGUGGCAACACCAAGUUUACUCAGCCAGGGCCUCCCUUUCUCCUCCAUGCCCACUGCCUACAACACAGAUUACCAGCUGUCCAGUGCAGAGCUGUCCUCCUUACCAGCUUUCAGCUCACCUGCCGGACUGGCACUAGGCAAUGUCACCGCCUGGCAACAGCCCCAGCAGCCUCAGCAACCACAGCAACCACAGCCGCCACAGUCACAACCACAGCCGCAGCCACAGCAGCCACAGCAGCCACCUCAGCAACAGCCCCACUUGGUCCCCGUAUCGCUCAGCAACCUCAUCCCAGGCAGCCCCUUGCCCCAUGUGGGUGCUGCUCUCACGGUCACCACCCACCCUCACAUCAGCAUCAAGUCAGAACCAGUGUCCCCAAGCCGUGAGCGCAGCCCUGCACCUCCUCCGCCAGCUGUGUUCCCAGCUGCCCGCCCUGAUCCUGGUGAAGGUCUCAGCAGCCCAGCUGGAGGAUCCUAUGAGACCGGGGACCGGGAUGAUGGACGGGGGGACUUUGGGCCCACGCUAGGCCUGCUGCGCCCAGCCCCAGAGCCUGAGGCUGAUGGCUCAGCUGUGAAGAGGAUGCGGCUGGAUACUUGGACAUUAAAGUGACGGCUCCCACUCCCUCCUCUCAGCCUCCCUGACGAAGAGUUGACAAUCUCACCACCUACCCCUCCCUGUCCUGGGCUCCUCCCGCUCGACCCCCACUUCCUUUCUUCUGCUCCAUGUCCUGUUGAUGGUUACAUUUGUGUAUAAUUAUAUUAUUAUUAUUAUUAUUAUUAUAUUUUUAAAUUCGAAUUCUCGCUUUAGAGAGAGGGUUGCUCUUGCCCCUUUCUUGGCCCCACCAUUUUCACUGGUGGGGGGCUCUCUUUAUUGCGGGAAAAGGGGGACACUUUGCACGUUGUACACAUAUGCUGCAGGGGGGGGGCGGUAGGCCUUGGAGAAGGACAGGUGCCGAGCCCUGCAUGUGGAGCCCUCCCAUCCCAUUCCCAGAUAGACGUAAAGAACCAAAAACUAUCCAACAACAAAAACCCCAGAGCUGGCUUGAUGUUGGGUUUGCGUCUCAGGGACAGGAAGGGGCAGAGACUCUGCUUCGGGCUGUUCAUGGCUAAUACCCAUCUUGGUCCCUCCAGCUUCCUGCGUACACACCACACUCACUGGUCCUGUGUGAUGCACCCCAAGAUCUGGGUUCUAGGAAGGCUGCCUGUGAAUCUGAGGCCAGGGCAGGGACUUGAGGGAGGAACCUCUUUGGAAGUAACAUUGGAGAGACAGCUGUAGAAAGAGGGCCGAUGAGGGCAGAAGGACUGGGUGUGGCAAAUCGGGACCCUACCCCUGGCUUUUCCUUUAAGAUGUACAGUGCAAUAGCUCCCCAUCCUUCAGCCUACCCCAGCCCUAGAAAGCUGGCCAUGUACUGGAAGAGUUGGGGAGAGGACCUUCAGUGAAGUAGCUCCAGGUUGGACCAGGGUCAUCCUUUGGUUCCUUGGGGCACUGAGGGCAGGAGGCCUGUCAGGGGCAGGCAUGGGGGAGGGUACCUCUGCUAUGUGCACCACACCCAGAAGAGUGCACGCUGGGCGCACAGCAUGGUCCAUGGAGCUAGAGGGCCCUAUAGAUGCGGCCCCUGAGGCCCCUCCCCAGUCCUCUUAACUCCUGCCCCUGACCCACCUCCCAGCUUUUUUGCCCCUGUCUCGCUACCUCCUGUCCCUCCACCUCCAGGCCACGCCCCAAACCUGCCCUCUUGCUACUGUAAUUGUAAAUAGCAACCUUCCAAAAUGUUAGUGGUUAACAGUCCAGGAAACUGUUGUGUUUGUUGUUGUUGUUGUUGUAUUGAUAUGAAAUGAGAUUCUAUUUUUGUCAAAGUAUAUUGUAAUAAUAAUGACUCAAAUGGCCCGUACUGUACAGAUGGGAUUCUUCUGCUGUUCUUGCCUUGCUCUCCCAGGCUUGUGCUUUGUCGCCUCCUCAGUGGGGCUGCAGGCAAGCACCCAGGGGAGGGGAUAGGAGACAGCACACACUCCCGUGGGUAGAGUAAGACAAUGCUCAGUGCUGUAGGAAGAUGGUCUUUGCCCACCUGUGACCCAGCCUUUUGUAGUAUUUUGACACUUGAUGCAGGGAAGAAGCCAGAAGCAGAGGGGUGUGAGCAUGCUCGUGGGGGCGUUUCUGGGUGCACCCUGUAUUUACGAGAUUGUGUGCAGCUGUGCGGAUGUACCUUUGAGUGCCUCUGAGUCCAGUGGGUGUAUUCGUAAAUCAUAAGUGACUCAGGCUCCAGGGGCCUCUGUGUCUGUGUGGCUGGGUGUAUUUAUACAAGGAUAGGUGGUUUCCAGCUCUGUGCUUCUCACUGCCCUCUUCCCUGGGCUGCUCUCAGUCCUGAAACAUUUGUACUAAAGUUAUAGGGAGUUGCUAGUUGACCAUCCCACCUCUCCCCACAGCCUACCUCCACCAGGGCCUCACUCUGGGAGCUCUGCCUCCUUAUGGCUUUCCGCUAGUCCUAGCCAGACCAGUUCUGACCCUGGAGUUGACUUGUUUGUGGGCAAAUUCAAGUUCCUCCUCCUGGGAGCUCUGCCUUCCCAGGCAGGCAACCCUCUUUUACCCAGGGUUUUACUCCGGUAGCUGACCAGGUCAGGGGGUCAAACGUGUCCUGCCUUCCCACCCCUCCUCACAGUUCCUAGAGGGAGUUUUUAAGACUUGCUUAAGGCCUUGACGGGAGCCAGGGUGUAGUCCCGUGCACAUACACUCCCCUUGAAAGCGGCUGGCACAUUGUAGGCCCUCAGCAGAUGCUGAAUGGGCGAAUGAUAGGUGCUCAAUAAACAUGGAAUCACUGGCCUCUUCUCAGGCCCACCUUUCUAGGCUGAGCGUGGCCACCAUUACACAGAGCUGGGCUGAGGCCCCUGACGUUCACAGCGUGCUACUCAUCAGUGUGCAGUCUGCUUCCCGAAUGCAAACCUGGCUUCUGAUUGCCGUGUGUGUGUGGGUGUGUGUGUGGGUGUGUGUGGGGGGGGGUGUGUGUGUGGGUGUGUGUGUGUUCAUCCCCGUCCCUGGCAGUAGGGACAGUCUGUGAGUGAAUAUGUGACAUUUCUGCAGUUCAGUGUCUCCAGGAUUCUCCUGGGGCUGUGUAGGGCUUCUGGCUGGCCAGGUAAAUUGAUCCCUGGGAACCCAGACCUCAAAUGGGGACUUGUUUUCUUCCUCUCACAAGCCAAAUUCGCCUCCUAUUCACUUCCUCUGCAAAACUGGGUAUUUGCCAAAGUAGCCUCUGGCGCCAUCCAGUGCCCUUCCCACCCAGAUCUCCCUCGGCUUUCAGGGACAGUGGGACCGAGGGCCACCCCCACAUGCCUCAGUGGAACACAUUCCCUCCACCCCAGCAGUGCACUCAACCGUCCCUCCCCACCUCGGACAGGAAAGAAGAAAGAUGCACCUUCUCUUGCUGAUUAUUUAUUUGUUCGGAGAGACAGAAAUGAUGUGAAAGUGUCUAAAAGUCUCUCUAUCUAUAUUUUUAACUGACUCUCUGGAACCCCCUGUGGGGGAAUGUAGGCUUUCCUGGAGGCUGGUAGCUCCUGGUUCUGCCCCCUUCUGCCUCCUGCUUAAUGCAGAGGGAUGAGAUUUAAUGGGGCAAGAGAGCUAAGAUUCCCAAGGAGAAUCUGAAUUCUCUACCCCAUUCAAGUCCCAGAGAGAGGGAAGUAGGGAGGGGUGGGGCCAGCCAAGAGGCGACCCAUCCCCAAACUUGACAAUCACCCACACUCCUGGCUCCUGGGUCUUGGGCAGGGUGAGCCCAAGUGUGUGGCUGUUGAUUUGUUUCAUUAUUUCUUUCCGUGCUGUACGGUGAUGCUUUCUAGUAUUCUGCACAUUAAGAAAAGACAAAGUCCUCGAGAUUCUUACGAGUUUGGUUUGAAAACUCUUUCACUAUAUUUGUUGUAAAGAGGUUUACUAUUAAAAGAAAAAAGAACACGUUUCUGAUACCUCA